UGUUUCGGACCAAACAGACGCGAGCUUGCACUGCCAAUGGCGGCGGAACAGCCCCUGUAACGUGGCUCAGGCGCCCCCACGGCCGCUUUGCGUCCUUUCCCCGGCACUGCCCCGCUCGAGCCCGGAAUCCGCCCGGAGCUAGCCGCAGCCUGACCGAAACUCCAGGGAGCCAAGAUGGCAGCUGCCGACGGCGACGAUUCGCUCUACCCCAUUGCGGUGCUCAUAGAUGAACUCCGCAAUGAGGACGUUCAGCUUCGCCUCAAUAGUAUCAAGAAGCUCUCCACCAUUGCCUUGGCUCUUGGAGUUGAACGGACCAGAAGCGAGCUCCUGCCCUUCCUUACAGACACCAUCUAUGAUGAAGAUGAGGUCCUUUUGGCCUUGGCUGAACAGCUGGGAACCUUUACAACUUUGGUGGGAGGACCUGAGUAUGUACACUGUCUGUUGCCACCCCUUGAAUCACUGGCCACAGUGGAAGAGACAGUAGUGCGAGACAAGGCGGUAGAAUCCUUGCGGGCCAUCUCACACGAGCAUUCACCUUCCGACCUAGAGGCUCACUUUGUGCCUCUGGUGAAGCGGCUGGCAGGUGGAGACUGGUUUACUUCCCGUACCUCGGCCUGUGGCCUCUUUUCGGUUUGCUACCCCCGAGUAUCCAGUGCUGUGAAGGCAGAGCUUCGACAGUACUUCCGGAACCUGUGCUCAGACGACACCCCCAUGGUGCGGCGGGCCGCAGCCUCCAAGCUGGGGGAGUUUGCCAAGGUGCUGGAGCUGGACAAUGUCAAGAGUGAGAUCAUUCCCAUGUUCUCUAACCUGGCCUCUGACGAGCAGGACUCGGUGCGGCUGCUGGCAGUGGAGGCAUGUGUGAACAUUGCCCAGCUUCUGCCCCAGGAGGACCUGGAGGCCUUGGUGAUGCCCACCUUGCGCCAGGCUGCUGAGGACAAGUCUUGGCGUGUCCGCUACAUGGUAGCCGACAAGUUCACAGAACUCCAGAAAGCAGUAGGGCCUGAGAUCACCAAGACAGAUCUGGUGCCCGCCUUCCAGAACCUGAUGAAGGACUGUGAGGCCGAGGUGAGGGCCGCAGCCUCCCACAAGGUCAAAGAGUUCUGUGAAAAUCUCUCAGCUGACUGCCGGGAAAAUGUGAUCAUGACCCAGAUCUUGCCCUGCAUCAAGGAGCUCGUGUCAGAUGCCAACCAGCAUGUCAAAUCAGCGCUGGCUUCAGUCAUCAUGGGACUCUCUCCCAUUCUGGGCAAAGACAACACCAUUGAGCACCUCUUGCCCCUCUUCUUGGCUCAGCUAAAAGACGAGUGCCCUGAGGUGCGGCUGAACAUCAUCUCCAACCUGGACUGUGUGAACGAGGUGAUUGGUAUCCGACAGCUCUCUCAGUCCCUGCUUCCUGCCAUUGUGGAACUAGCUGAGGAUGCCAAGUGGCGAGUGCGGCUGGCCAUCAUUGAGUACAUGCCUCUGCUGGCUGGACAGCUCGGUGUGGAAUUUUUUGAUGAGAAACUCAACUCUUUGUGUAUGGCCUGGCUGGUGGAUCAUGUCUAUGCUAUCCGUGAGGCUGCCACCAGCAACCUCAAGAAGCUAGUGGAGAAGUUUGGGAAGGAGUGGGCCCACGCCACUAUCAUCCCCAAGGUCUUAGCCAUGUCUGGAGACCCUAACUACCUGCACCGCAUGACUACGCUCUUCUGCAUCAAUGUGCUGUCUGAGGUCUGUGGACAGGACAUCACCACCAAGCACAUGUUGCCCACAGUUCUUCGUAUGGCUGGGGACCCAGUCGCCAAUGUCCGCUUCAAUGUGGCCAAGUCCCUACAGAAGAUAGGACCCAUUCUUGACAACAGCACCCUGCAGAGCGAAGUCAAGCCUAUCCUGGAGAAGCUGACCCAGGACCAGGAUGUGGAUGUCAAGUACUUUGCCCAGGAGGCUCUGACUGUUCUGUCUCUUGCCUGAUGCUGGAAGAAGAAGCAUUGUUGGCCUCUGGUGUCCACCCUCCAACCCCCACAAAGUACCUCCCUUAGGGAGGUAGUGGGGGUCCAAUGACUGUCACUUCCUGUGCAUGGUCUGAUCCCAGACCCCUCCCCCAGCACGGUUCCUCCUCUCUGUCGCCUGGGAAGACUUCUCUGUCCACCUUCCAAGAGGCUAGGGCAGUACAAGUCGGGGCAGGGCAGCAGCCUGAAAGGAAGGGCUGGCUGUUCCUGCCCAUAUUGGGAGAGAUGGGAGCAUCCUAGGUCACUGGCUCCUGCUGCUGUAAUGGGGACCCUUCCCCAUCUACUUACCCCCACCCACUUCUUAUCCAUAUUUUUUUGUGUGUGUGUCCACUGUGCCAUUUUUAUUUUAUCCCUUUCUGUGCUCCUUCCACAGAGAAAUAAAGGUGUAGAAAUGGUU